GGCUUCGGGGAACAACAACGAUCCUCCUAGGCAGCAAUUUCGGUCGCCGUCUGUGUGUAGGGGUGCCUCCGCUCGCCCCCAGUGGAUGCAGUCUCCGUCUCCCCUGUCCGCCGGUUCGAGUGCAGGUCGUCGUGUUGGCGAGUGUAGGGAGACGGCGCCUACCGUUGCUGAUGUUGGUGACGCACGUGACGGAAGGGAGGUGUGGGCAGAACAGCGACGGUUGAUGAGGUCAGUGCGGGAGGAGUCCAUAACUCGGGGGGUGCAGCGAUUGCAUGUUGGGGAAGACGGGCACGAUGGAGAGGAAGCAGGGGCGGACGCGCACGACCCCGACUGGAACGACAACGGCGCUGAAGGUUGGGAGGACGACGCAGGCAACAUUUCGCCGUCGAAGCAGGCGGCCGCUAUGGGAGGGAGGGGCGGGAAGACGAAGUCAUGUGGCGGUAAUGGUCGUCGGGGCAAAAGGACGGCAGGCAAGGGCAGCGAUGCCGAAGGUGACGUCGAUGGUGAAGGAGGUCGUCACUUCUGGUCCGUCGACGACAAUAUAGCCCUCAUCCGGGCCAAACGUGAUCAGGAUGCGUAUUUGCAGGAGAUGGGCCACGCGUACGCUCGGAUGAAGCCGCGAGAAUGGAAGUGGCUGGAUGUGGCGACGAGGUUGAAGAAGGUGGGCGUCGACAGAGAGACCGAUUGGUGCGGGAAGAAGUGGGACAAUCUAAUGCAGAAGUUCAAGAAGGUUCAUCAUUUCCAAGGACUGUCCGAGAAACAAGACUUCUUCCAAUUGUCUGGGAAGGACAGGAUGUCGAAGGGCUUCAGUUUCAAUAUGGAUCGUGCAGUUUACAACGAGAUACUGGGGUCGACCGCCAAGAACCACACCAUAAACCCGAAGAACGUCGCGGACACUGGCGCUCAGGGUGGUGUGCGUCUGCCGUCCGCCUCCUCUGCGGAUCCUGAAUCUGUGGGCGACGGGGACGGUGGUGCAGAGCACGACGACGACGAUGACGGGUCCACCAAAGGUUUUUCGCAGACGACGGGUGGCGCAGGCAGUUUCGGCAAGAGGAAGAGCACAAGGCAACAAACAUUUGAGGCUAUGACGGAGUACAUGGAGAAGCACGGGGCGUUAAUGGCGUCAACGAUGGAGAGCAACAACAAAUGUCAUUGCUCCAUCGCCAUACGUCAGUGCGAGGCGCUGAAAGCGGAGAUCGAAGUGUUGAAAAAGCACUACGCAGCUCCAGACGAAGUCAGCAAGCUUAUGUGUCACGCCUUGCUGGAGAUAGCGAAGGCCAUCGACAAAUGUUAGAUGCUCUGCUGCCUCUAUUGUGCUCUCUGUUCGCUUGCAUGGAAUUGGACGGAGCGAAAGUGAUAGUCUUUCCGUCGUCGAUGUAGCUUAGCUUAGCCAUCGCCGUCGUCGUCGAUGUAGCUUAGCUUAGCCAUCGCCGUCGUCGUCGAUGUGUCGUUCCCCCAAUGGCGGUGCUGGCCAAGGAAUUGGGUACUGGUCCGAUUCGGUGGAUGAGUCCUUCUGUAAAAUUUUCGUUUUUAAAAUUGUCUUUUUUUUUUUACAUUAUUUGUUUCGUUUGUUGUUGGCCUCGAUCGUGUGACGGGACGGAUGAUUCCGUCAACUCUGAAUUGUAAUUGGCAUCGAUGAAGUGCAGUAUACACUUUCCUUUUUUACAUGACGACAUCGAUUUCGUUCUCUCUCUCUCUCGUUUCUUUGUGUCUUUGCCGUAAAUGAAAUGCAGAGGUGUAA